UUUUGCUUAACGAUAAACUAUUGUGACUCGUCAGCCGUCGUCUUAUACUCUCCUUCGUAUAGUUAUGUUCUGCUGAAACUUGGCUCUAUUGGUACUUGAGUCUGAUUGAAAAUUAAAAUUGUAUUGUAAAUUAUAUUUUUUGUACAGUUUUUAUAUCCAUAUUAUUAUACUAUGGUGUGCUCCUGCAGUGUGCAUUUGUGUACAAAUCGGUCAAAACCAGGACCUCCAAGAAUACACUUUUUCUCGUUCCCACUGAAAAGUGCAGAAAGAACUCAGCAAUGGGUUAAUGCAGUUGGCCGCAAAGGGUUUAUCCCGACGAAACAUAGCAAAGUAUGUAGUGAUCAUUUCCAUCAAAAUGAUUUUGAACAAAAAAGUGGUGAUAGUUAUUUGAUAAAACUCAAAGUAACGGCUGUCCCUUCAAUUUUCCCAAACUACUCAGACAUUAUAUCAAAAGCUAAAAAGCAGUGUCUUGAGGUAGAACCAUUUCAAGUAGUUGUAUGCAGCUCUUAUAUUCCUUGUACUGAAACUAAUAAACCAGAAAUGCUUAAUGAUGGUGAUUGUGUUAUUGUUGAUGAAACUACUUCAGUCAAAAUUAUUUCACCGCUUGAAUCAACCUCAAAUAACCAAGAUUGUAACUUAUCAACACAAAAUUCAUUAUUUAAAAUAAGUCUACCAAAACGCCCUAGUUCUUCUCCAUCUAAAUCUGAAUUGAAGAAAAAAAUUAAAUCAUUACAACAACGAGUUCGACGGCAAAAUAAAUCAAUCAAAAACUUAAAAGAUUUAUUAAAAGUUUUAAAAAAAAAAAAUUUAAUCGAAAAAGAGGCAGAGGAGUUACUAAUGGAAAAAUUUGAUUGUACAACUUUAGACAUAUUCCAACCGUGUUAAAAAUAAUGGUAAAACAUCUUGAUAUAUUAUAUAUCUGUGAUUAUA